AUGACUCUUCUUCAUAAAAAACAGUCGAAGCUAAAGUUGCAAUCUCGUUUACUUAUCGAAUACAUUGAUAAAAAUGAUCUAAAGAGUGCAGAGAGCAUACUGAUUAAAAAAAUAGACAUUAAUGCUGAUGUAUUAACUAGCUACGGAGUUUUAUUAAAUCCCUUAUGUCAUGCAGUAACUAGUGGUAGCAUGGAAAUGGUACAACUAUUGUUAAAAUAUGGUGCAAACGUAAGCCCAUUACUAGAUGAUAAAAAAAAUCCUCUUCAAUUAGCUAUCAUUCAAGAUAAUGCCCAACUCUUUGAAACAUUACUAAAAGCAGAUAUUAAACAACAAAUUGAUUUCAACUUGUUAUUACUGUAUGCAAGUGAACUUGGAAAAACAAACAUUAUUAAUAUUCUUGUUAAAAAGUGUUCCAACAUUAAUUUUUGCGAUGCUAAAGGCGAAACAGCACUUUAUAAAGUUUUGAAAAAGGGAUAUUCAGAUUGUGUUAAAAUACUACUUGAAAAUGGUGCAACGACAAAAAAUAAUAAACAAAAAACUCUUGACAGAAGCACACCUCACUUUCUUAACUAUGAUACAAGCAACAACCUGAUCACAAAAAAUGAAAUGGUUACAAGAGCAUCGUUUGAAAAUGCUGUUAAUAAACACUUCAAUCUGGUAUUCGGCUCAAACAAAGAACUAAACGUUAAUAAAGGAAAACAGUUGUUAACAAAACCCCUUUACAUAAAACUUCAAGACGGUGUUUCACUUCAAGAAAGCGAAAAAGCUAUUAAAGUAAAAACACUAUUCUGCAAAGCACGUUCUGGUUCUAUUGGAUCUUCAUUCACACAUUUGUAA